GCAUUGGAGGGGUCGCCAUACUCGCACGGCUGGAAUAUUUCCGUGGAGAUUGAGGCGCCUCGCGCGAACCUAUCUGCACUUGGCGGCGAGCCGUUCAAUCUGCGGGACAUCUCUCAGGAGUAUCUGCCGGACUUCUCGCACGAUCAGGGCAUCGCCUUCCUUAGCGAGUUUGUCGCAGGCAGCUCCAUCGUGAUGUGGGU